GAACAAGUUCUGCACGUGCGUUAUUCAUUUUCAAAAAUGUUUACGUGAACUUUUGUGAACUCGAUUGAAGACAUUGUUCAAAAUGUCACGAUUGAUAGUGAAAAAUCUGCCGAAAAAGGUGUCAGAGGAUAGGCUGAGGCAGCUUUUCAGUGAAAAAGGAGUAGUCACGGAUGUACAGCUCAAGUACACGGCAGAGGGGAAGUUCAGAAGAUUUUGUUUUGUCGGUUACAAGACCGAGCACGAAGCGCAGGCUGCUUUGGAAUAUUUUGAUAAGACUUGCAUCGAUACCUCGAAGAUCUCUGUCGAGCUCUGCAGUGGUCUAGGUGAUGCCUCCAAGCCAAAAUCAUGGAGUAAAUAUGCUCCAGAUAGUUCAGCUCAUAAAGCAAUCGUUAAAGAGGAGAAAUCUGUAGAAGAGGUUACCGAGGAGCCCACGACUCAGAAAAAGAAAAAGAAGAAGAAAAAAGAAAAGGACAGUAUUAUAGAGGCUCUUGAAAAGCAUAAAGACGAUCCUCUGUUUGCCGAGUUUAUUGAAUCGCACACUGGGAAAAACGCAGUUUGGAGCAAUGAUACAAGCAUUCUUGAGAAAAAUGUUGGCGACGGUGAGAAAACGAGCGAUAAGGAAGACUAUUCGGAAGAUGAAGACAGCGCGGAAACUGAGAAGGAUCAGAAAGAUGAAGAAGAAAAAAUUGCAAAUAAAAAGAUGACAGAUCUAGAGUAUAUGGAAGCAUUGAAGGAAAAGAAAACUCCACAGGGUGCAAAACCUAAAUCAAGUGUCGAGGAUAAAAAAUCAAAGCAUGGUCCACAGAAAUUCUUUACGGUAAAACUUCGAGGUUUGGGCUUCAAUCAUAGGAAAGGAGAUGUAAAGAAAUUCUUUAAACCACUAAAAGCCAAAUCCAUUCGAGUACCUCAAGAGAUUCGAGGCAUUGCUUAUGUUGGUUUUAAAAAUGAAAUGCAAAUGAAGAAAGCUCUAAAUAAAGAUAAAAGUUUCUUAGAUGGGAAACGUAUAUUCGUAACGGCGUAUCAUGAGAAAGAGAAGACACAAGACUCUGAUUAUGGCUCCAACAAUCGAGGCACACAGAAUCUUAAAUGGAAAGAACAGGAGGAAGCACUGAAUGGCGAAGAAAGUAUAGCAGAAUCGGGCAGAUUAUUUAUUAGAAAUUUAUCUUAUGCCAUUACGGAAGAUGACAUACGAUCGCUCUUUGAAAAAUAUGGACCUUUGGCAGAAGUGAAUCUUCCCGUAGAUAAAGUCACAAGGAAGUUGAAGGCAUUUGGUACAGUGACGUUUUUAAUGCCAGAACAUGCAGUGAAAGCCUACACGGAAUUAGAUGGAUCGAUAUUUCAUGGAAGGAUGCUUCAUAUACUCCCUGGAAAGGCGAAAUCAGACGAUUUGGCGGAACAAGAUGGACUUUCGUACAAAGAUAAAAAAGACUUAAAGGACAAAGCAACUGCAAAUUCUACGCACAACUGGAAUACUCUCUUCUUAGGACAAAAUGCUGUUGCCGAUGCAAUAGCAGCCAGGUACAAUACUACGAAAGAGAAGGUUUUGGAAGAUGGUGGGAAGAAAGGGACAAGUGUCGCAGUGAGACUUGCUUUAGGAGAAACUCAGUUAGUAGAAGAUACAAGAAAGUUUCUUGAAGAAAAUGGCGUACAUCUCGAUGCUUUUAACCAGUCUGCUUCAAAGAGAUCAAAGACUGUUAUCCUUAUAAAGAACUUACCAGUAAACACUGAAAAGCAAGAGAUUCGUGAAAAAUUUGUACGGUUCGGAGAACUUGGACGAGUAGUCAUGCCACCGAUGGGUGUUACAGCAUUGGUAGAAUUCCUGGAGCCUUCGGAGGCUCGAAAAGCCUUCACUGGUUUAGCUUACACAAAAUUCAAACACUUACCACUCUACCUCGAAUGGGCUCCGGAGGAUAGUUUUAGCACUGCUCCGAGCGAAUCUAGGAAGAAGGACAAGGAAGAAAGAGGAAAAGGUAAAUCCGCAGAAACUAAAGAAACGAUAAAGGAAAAAAUAGAGGAGCCUGAAAAAUUAGAAAAUGGCAAGGAAGAGGAAGAAGAUGUAGAGGAAGAAGAGGAGCCUGAAAAUGACACGACUCUCUUUGUUAAAAAUCUAAACUUCUCUACAACCGAGGAAGCAUUGAAGAAGCACUUUAAUAAAUGUGGCAAACUGCAUUACAUAUCGAUUGCAACGAAGAAAGACCCCAAGAACCCUGGAGCGAAGCUAUCGAUGGGCUAUGGUUUUAUUCGAUAUAAAAGGAAAGCCGACACCGAUCGUGCCCUGAAGGAUUUGCAGACGUCGACUCUCGAUGGGAAGACCUUGGAAUUGAAACGAUCGGAGAGAACAUUACAGUACGUAGAAAAUACUUUUUCGUUUCAUCGAUCGAUUAAUUCCAUUGUACUAUUUCUAAUUUAUAGAUCCGACCUGAAGACUGCAAAAAAAUCCACCAAAAUGACCCCACAAACGGGAACGAAGAUCAUGGUGAGGAACGUUCCCUUUCAGGCAAAUGCCAACGAGAUUCAGGAAUUAUUUAAAGCCUUUGGAGAACUUAAAGCGGUAAGGCUGCCGAAGAAGAUGGUGGGCGAAGAAAAUCACAGAGGGUUCGCUUUCGUAGAGUAUUACAGCAAAAGCGAUGCGAAGAGAGCCUUCAAAGCCCUUUGCCAGAGCACGCAUUUGUACGGACGAAGACUGGUACUGGAAUGGGCCCAGACAGAGGAGAACGUCGAAGAUCUUAGAAAGCGAACGGCCAAACAUUUUCACCAAGAACCUUCGGCGAAGAGGAGCAAGAAGUCGACGUUGGACCCCGAAGCCGUUGGCCUCGAAGUGGCGUAAAUUAGUCGUUUCUUGUUACACGGACAAGAAGUACGUGAAACGAAAAACGAUCGGUCAGGAUUGGAUCUGUACCGACGCGCGAAUUAAUUUCUGCAAUUAUUCUAGAGUUUUUAUAAAUAGGAAUAUUUACUAUUACAAACGUGACUCCCUUUUCUUGAAAAUUUUCGAGAAUCUUUUUGGACGUAUCGAUUUCUUCGAACCGGCGAGUUUUUUAGUUCUUCGUCGGAAAUAAC